UCCCUCUCUCCCUCCCUCCCUCAAUCAGGCAGUCAAUCCGCCGCUGGGAUGCAACCCUGCAGUGGGGCUCCAGCGGGCUCCAGCGAGAGAAGCUGACGAACAAGCAGACUUGAACUAAGACCGCCACAACCGGAACCCAAAGUGGAUGAGAGCUCUUCUCCUACUUCGGGAAUGGAUAUCGGCACCCGCUGAGCAGCUUGUCGGACUUCUCUGGACAUUUUCUUGGCCGGAAGCAGGACGCGACGGCGGCGGCGGCGGAGGAGGUUCGCACAAGAGCCGAGUAGCCCGGCGAACGGAGGCGGACCUUACCGCUGCUUUCCCGGCGCAGCUUGAAUGAAGAAGCAGAGCUGUUGACCUUCUCGCCGAAGGGACCCUCCUGGAAAAGUAUGGGGUCACCAUGGAAACCAAUUCUCCUCCUCUCUGUCAUCAGCGGCCUUUCAGAUUUCGGAGGAGCUGUGGCGGCGCGGCCCAUCUCGUACGCCGCCGUGCUACGGAUGAAAGCCGACGGCUCGUCGUCGCUGCUCAACCCCCGUGGACGAAACCGGCAGCAGCAUGGCGGCGGGCUGGAGGCGUCGCCCGAAUGGCCCGUCUUCGCCCGUCACCCGCAUCCGGCCCUCAGCCUCCUGGGCUCUCAGGAGGACUACAGAAGUAAAGAAAGCGACGAGUUUGGACCUAUUUUCCUCCAGGAGCCGGACGACGUGAUUUUCCCGUUGGACGGCCGCGACAACAAAGUGGUGAUGCACUGUGAGGCACGAGGGAACCCGCCGCCCACGUACAGCUGGUACAUCAACGGCACCCAGGUGGACACCGAAGCGAACUUCCGCUACAGGCUCGCCGAGGGCAAUUUGAUCAUCGGCAACGCGAGCGAGAACGCUGACUUUGGGACGUACCAGUGCCGCGCCGAGAACACGUUUGGCACCGUUCUGAGCCGGGAUGCUCAUCUACAGUUUGCAUACAUCGGAGAGUUCAACGCAAAGACCAGGGGUGGCGUGUCUGUGCGUGAAGGCCAAGGCGUCGUGCUCAUGUGCACGCCGCCGCCGCAUUCUCCAGAAAUCAUCUACAGCUGGGUGUUCAACGAGUUCCCGUCCUUCGUGGCCGAGGACAGCCGCCGCUUCAUCUCGCAGAUGACGGGCAAUCUCUACGUGUCCAAGGUGCAGCCGUCGGACGUGGGCAGCUACAUCUGCCUGCUCAAGAACACGGCCACCAACACCCGCGUGCUCAGCCCGCCCACGCCGCUCACACUCAGGACAGAUGGUGUCAUGGGUGAAUACGAGCCCAAAAUUGAGGUGCACUUCCCCACCUCUGUGCUGGCUGCCAGGGGCGUCACAGUCAGACUGGAGUGCUUCGCGUUGGGCAAUCCAGUGCCCACAAUCACCUGGAGGAAGAUCAACGGCAAUAUACCGAAAAAGGCUCGACUACGCAAGUCUCAGGCCGUCUUGGAGAUCCCCAACAUCCAGCUGGAGGACUCGGGAACGUACGAAUGCAAAGCCGAGAACCAGAGGGGAGGGACCGCUUUCAAGGGACAUCUGCAGGUCUACAUGCUGCCGCAGUGGGUGCGAAUGAUUAAUGACACUCAGCUGGAUAGUGGAGAGAAGCUCCAGUGGGAGUGCAAGGCCACGGGGAGGCCCCGGCCUACCUAUCGCUGGCUGCGUAACGGUUUGCCCUUGACGUCCCAGGGUCGAAUGGAGAUCGUGAACGGCGAGCUCUCGAUUAACAAGCUGCAGCUCGUGGACUCUGGAAUGUACCAGUGCGUGGCGGAAAAUAAGUACGGCGCCAUUUACUCCAACGCAGAACUCAAGAUUUUAGCGUCGGCGCCCGUCUUCGUGCCCAAUCCGGUGCGAGUCAUCGCCACGCUGGGCAAGGACGCUUUCAUCGAGUGCAAACCUCGGGCGUCGCCCAAGCCGCGGGUCACGUGGAGGCGAGCGGACCGGAGGAUACAGCCCAGUAAAAGGAUGAUGCUGUUGAGGAACAACACUCUGAGGAUCGUCAACGCCAGCCGAGCGGACGAAGGCGGUUACGUGUGCCGGGCCGAGAAUCAACUGGGCUGGGCUGAGAUGACGGCCACGCUGUGGGUGAAAGAGGCCAUGCGCUUGGAGCUGAGUCCGAGCCGCGUGGAGGUGACCGUGGGCGAGAGCGUGGUGCUCAGCUGCAAGGCCACGCACGACACCUCGCUGGACGUCGCCUUCCAGUGGAUGUUCGACCACAAGCCAAUCAGCUUCCAGCAGGGAGGCGGCGGCCACUUUGAGUACAUCCAGACAGUCCGAGCCAAACAGUCGUCCACGGUGGAUUUGAUGAUUAGGAGCAUUUUGCUGAAGCAUGCUGGGAAGUACGGCUGCAGGGCCCAAACCAGCGCCGACACCAUGAGCGCGGAGUCGGAACUUCUUGUUCGAGGUCCUCCCGGCCCUCCCGGUGUCGUGAUUGUGGAGGAGAUCACUGAGACCACCGCCACCCUGUCGUGGACCCGCGGCUUGGACAACCACAGUCCGAUCAAUACCUAUCACCUACAGGCCCGCAGUCCCUUUUCAUUGGGAUGGCAAACGGUCAAAACAGACCCAGAACCCGUCACCGGGGACUUGGAGUCGGCCGUGGCCGUAGAACUCAACCCCUGGGUGGAGUACGAGUUCCGAGUUGUUGCCAGCAAUGCCAUCGGUACGGGAGAUCCCAGCGCUCCUUCCAGAGGAGUGCGGAGCAAAGAAGCAGUGCCCUCAGUGGCGCCGGCGAAUGUGAGUGGCGGGAAUGGCCGCAGGCACGAACUGGUCAUCUCUUGGGAGCCCGUGUCGGAGGAGUUCCAAAACGGCGAGGGCUUCGGCUACAUCGUGGCCUUCCGCGCCAACGGCACGCGAGGCUGGAAGGAGAAGAUGGUGACGUCGGCCGACUCCACCACGUACAAAUACCGCGACGAGACCUUCCCGCCGCUGACUCCCUUUGAGGUGAAAGUGGGCGUGUACAACAACAAGGGCGACGGGCCAUUCAGCCCGGUCGUCGUCAUCUACUCGGCCGAGGGCGAGCCCAGAGAGGCGCCAUCGGACGUGAAAGCCUAUGCAAUUUCGGCUUCGCAAAUCAGAGUCACAUGGAGGCCGCCUAACCCUGGUCCCGGAAGACCCAAAGGAUACGAGGUGAGCUACUGGAGAGCGUCCGAGAAGGAGGACUCCGGCUGGAAACAGAGAACUACAAAAAACGACACCACCCUGGUGCUGGGGGGCUUGGAAGGCAACAGGCAGUAUGUGCUCACCGUCAAAGGCUUCAACAGCAUCGGACAAGGACCCGCCAGUGCCUCCGUCAUGGCCAAGACCAGGAAAGCCCCUCCUGUGCAGCCUCCGGGCAACCUGUUGUGGAUUCAAGAGGGCAACAAUGUGUCUUUAAGCUGGGACCCAGUUAAGUCCAAGGAAAAUGAGUCUGACGUCAUCGGCUACAUGGUGUUACUAAAGCAGGAGGGCCGCGGCCACAACCAGGUGACUCGCACCAUCAACCCGUCCACCACGCUUUCGCUUCCGGAGGGCGGCACGUACAUCAUCGAGGUGCGCGCCCUUAGCGAGGGCGGCGAAGGGCUGGUCAGCUCGCAAAUACGACUCGUCACCUCUUCCGGUGUGCGGGCAAAGAGCGGCGAGUGCAAACAGAACCUGACGUGGUCUGUGUUGCUCCUGGUUCUGCUGGUGCCUUCAGCGUCCUGUGCUUCGUCUCAUUGACCCCCCCGGGGACUACGGAACAUGAAUACUUCACGGAAAGAUGCAAUGGGAGCACGAGCAGGAUUAUCUGGGACAUGUGCAUCGCCCACCCCCCCUGCCCUCCCGCAUCACCUCCUCCUUCCUCUGGCUGCCCGACUAGCCAGGCGGCAGAAAACUCACUCGAAGAAAGAAGUGCUUUUUUUUCUUCUUCUUCUUAAUGGACCAAACCACGAUGGCUCGGACUACUUUCCAAGACUUGCUUUUUUUUGUACAUUGUGUUACCUUUUAGAGAAAAACACGGUGGUGCGUAUCGGCUUUGUUUCUGUUGGUAGCAGCGCUUUGGUGCUCCGUGGCCCGCGUUGGUGGAAGUACAGUAGGCAGCAUUUAGGGACUUCUGGUGACCAAUAAAUGUGAUGUAUAUUUUUACAA